AUGGCUGCUCUACCCAUCAAGUUCACUGAGCUGCUACAGCUCACAGCGCUCAACAUUGACGUUCGUUCACCCCCCAAAUCUUUUGGUUUCAACUCUUGUACAUUAGAAUCAGAUCACUAUGUCUGUGUGUGCGACACUGCCUCGGGCGAGGUUGUUAUUGUCAACCUCAAGAACAACAACAGCGUCGUGCGUCGCCCUAUCAAGGCCGACAAUGCCAUCAUGCACUGGUCAAAAGACAUUAUCGCCCUGCGUGCCCAGCAGCGCACUCUGCAAAUCUUCGACCUGGGCGCAAAGGCCAAGCUCAAGUCGGCCACCAUGAACGAGGACGUCGUCUUCUGGAAGUGGUACAGCGAUAAGAGCUUGGGUUUGGUCACAGAGACUAGCGUCUACCACUGGGACAUUUUCGACCCCAGCCAGACUGCUCCCGUAAAAAUGUUCGACCGCAACUCCAACCUGGGCUCCCAGAUCAUCAACUACAGAGUCAGCCAAGACGAGAAGUGGAUGGUUGUUGUCUCCAUCUCGUCAGCAGGCGGUCGCGUCGUCGGAAAUAUGCAGCUCUACUCUCGCGACCGUGGUAUCAGUCAGGCAAUCGAGGGUCACGCCGCUGCUUUCGGUACCAUUCGCUUGGAGGGCGCACCUGCAGACACAAAGGUCUUCACCUUCUGCAACCGUACCGCUACAGGCGCCAAGCUCCACGUUGUGGAGAUCGACCACCAGCAAGGCAACCCUGUCUUCCCCAAGAGAGCCGUGGACGUCUACUUCCCGCAAGAAGCCGCCAGCGACUUCCCUGUCUCCAUGCAGGUCUCGGAGAAGUACAAGGUCAUUUAUUUGGUGACCAAGUACGGUUUCAUCCACCUUUACGACUUGGAGACUGGUACCGUCAUCUUCAUGAACCGCAUCUCAAGUGAGACCGUCUUUACCACAUGCCCCGACAGCGAGUCUUCUGGUAUCGUGGGAAUCAACCGCAAGGGUCAGGUUCUGUCCGUCAGCCUCGACGAGAACACUGUCAUCCCUUACCUCCUUCAGAGCCCCGAGAACGCCGAGCUUGCCUACAAGCUGGCCUCGCGCGGUGGCCUCCCCGGUGCUGACCAGCUUUACCAGCAGCGUUUCGAACACCUCCUGUCCUCUGGCCAAUACGCCGAUGCCGCAAAGACCGCUGCCAACUCUCCCAAUGGCUUCCUUCGCACACCUCAGACCAUCGAGCGCUUCAAAGCCUUGCAAGCCCAGCCUGGACAACUCUCCGUCAUUCUUCAAUACUUCGGUAUGCUGCUUGACAAGGGCAAGCUCAACCAGCACGAAACUCUCGAGCUGGCCAGACCUGUCCUGCAGCAGAACCGCAAGCACCUUCUUGAGAAGUGGAUGAGCGAGGGCAAGCUUGGUUGCUCCGAGCAGCUGGGUGAUAUCGUCCGUCUGCACGACCUGAACUUGGCCAUGCAAAUCUACAAGGAAGCUGGUUGCCCCCAAAAGGUUAUCGCCGCAAUGGCUGAGUCAGGCAACUUCGACCAAAUCCUCUCAUACUCCAAGGAGACUGGCUACACACCCGACUUCAACGCUCUUCUCCAGCACAUCGUCAGAGUCAACCCUGAGAAGGGUGCCGAAUUUGCUACUGCACUGGCCAAGGAGGAUGCCAACCUUAUCGACACAUCCCGUGUCCUCGAUGUCUUUAUGGCUCAGGGCAUGAUCCAGCAGGCUACUGCGUUUGGUCUUGACGUUCUUUCGGCUAACAGAGAAGAGGACGGUCCCCUCCAGACUCGCUUGAUUGAGAUGAACUUGAUGAACGCUCCUCAAGUCGCUGAUGCUAUCCUCGGUAACGAAAUGUUCACACACUACGAUCGCCCUCGCAUUGCCACCCUCUGUGAGCAGGCUGGUCUGUACUCAAGAGCUUUGGAACACUACGAGGACCCUGCAGCCAUCAAGCGCGUCAUUGUUCAGUCCGACAAGAUUCCUGAAGAUUUCCUGGUCAACUUCUUUGGCAAGCUCACUCUCGAACUGUCUAUGGAAUGUAUGGAUGAGAUGCUGAAGGUCAACAUCCGCCAAAACCUCGCUGCUGUCAUCAACAUCUCGAAGAAGUACUCGGACUUGUUUGGCCCUCACCGCAUCAUCGCUCUGCUUGAGAAGUACAGAACUGCUGAAGGUCUUUACUACUACCUUGGCGGUAUCGUCAACCUGAGCGAGGAUGAGGAGGUCACCUUCAAGUACAUUGAGGCCGCUACCACCAUGGGCCAAAUUCAAGAGGUUGAGCGCAUUUGCAGAGAAUCUAACCAUUAUAAUGGUGAGAAGGUAAAGAACUUCCUCAAGGAGGCCAACCUUACCGAGCAACUUCCCCUCAUUAUCGUCUGCGAUCGUUUCAACUUCGUUCACGACCUUGUUCUGUACCUCUACAAGAACCAGCACUUCAAGUCUAUCGAGGUCUACGUCCAGCGUGUCAACCCUGGCAGAACCCCUGGAGUUAUUGGUGGUCUGCUCGAUGUUGACUGUGACGAGAACAUCAUCAAGAACCUCCUGAGCUCGGUCGACUCGACUGUCAUCCCUAUCGAUGAGCUCGUCUCAGAGGUUGAGUCGAGAAAUCGUCUGAAGCUCUUGCUACCUUUCCUCGAGGCCACUCUCCAGGCCGGCAACCAGCAACAGGCUGUUUACAACGCUCUUGCUAAGAUUUACAUCGACAGCAACAACGACCCUGAGAAGUUCCUCAAGGAGAACGACAUGUACGAUACUUUGACCGUUGGUAAAUACUGCGAGAAGCGUGAUCCCAACCUCGCAUACAUUGCCUACCGCAAGGGUCAAAACGACCUCGAGCUCAUCGAGAUCACCAACGACAACGCCAUGUUCAGAGCCCAGGCUCGUUACUUGCUCGAGCGUGAGGAUCUCGAGAUCUGGAACUACGUCCUUAGCUCGAACAACAUGCACCGUCGUUCUCUUGUUGACCAGGUCAUUGCUACCGCCGUUCCCGAGUCGCAAGACCCUGAGCGUGUGUCGAUUGCCGUCAAAGCCUUCAUUGACGCCGAUAUGCCCACUGAGCUGAUCGAGCUGCUCGAGAAGAUCAUCCUCGAGCCUUCCGCCUUCAGCGACAACGCCAACCUCCAGAACUUGCUUAUGCUCACUGCUUGCAAGUCUGACCGUGCUCGUGUCGCCAACUACAUUCAAACCCUUUCUGAGUACAGCCCCGAAGACAUUGCCACUCAGUGUAUCGAGGUUGGCAUGUACGAGGAGGCAUUCGAGAUCUACAAGAAGCAUGGUAACCACACUGCUGCUACUGAUGUUCUCGUUGAUCACGUUGUUUCUAUUGACCGUGCGCAAGAGUACGCUGACCAGGUCGAUACUCCUGAGGUCUGGAGCAAGGUCGCUAAGGCCCAACUCGACGGUCUCCGUGUCAGCGACUCCGUUGAGUCUUACAUUCGCGCUCAAGACCCCUCCAACUACAACGAGGUCAUUGAGAUCGCUACUCACGCCGGCAAGGACGAGGACCUUAUCAAGUUCCUGCGCAUGGCACGCAAGACUCUGCGCGAAAUCCCCAUCGACACUGCUCUUGCCUUCUGCUUCGCCCGUACCAACCAGCUCAGCGAACUGGAGGACUUCCUCCGCACAUCCAACGUCGCCGACAUUGAAGCUUCAGGUGACAAAGCUUACGAGGAGGGCUACCACGAGGCUGCCAAGAUCUUCUUCACCAGCAUCUCGAACUGGGCCAAGCUCGCUACUACUCUGGUUCACCUCGAGGACUACCAAGCUGCUGUUGAGUGUGCUCGCAAGGCCAACAGCGUCAAGGUCUGGAAGCAAGUCAACGAGGCCUGUGUUGCCAAGAAGGAGUUCCGUCUUGCCCAGAUUUGCGGUCUCAAUUUGAUCGUUCACGCCGAAGAGCUCCAGGACCUCAUCAAGCAAUACGAGUACAACGGAUACUUCGACGAGCUCAUCUCGCUAUUGGAGGCCGGACUUGGUCUCGAGCGCGCUCACAUGGGUAUGUUCACUGAGUUGGGUAUUGCCCUCUCCAAGUACCACCCCGAGCGUGUCAUGGAGCACCUGCGUAUCUUCUGGGGACGUAUCAACAUUCCUAAGAUGAUUCGUGCUUGCGAGGAGGCUCACCUGUGGCCUGAGCUUGUCUUCUUAUACGUCCAUUAUGAUGAAUUCGAUAACGCUGCUCUUGCUAUGAUGGAGCGUGCUGCCGAUGCUUGGGAGCACCACUCUUUCAAGGACACUAUCGUCAAGGUUGCCAACUUGGAAAUCUACUACAAGGCCCUCAACUUCUAUUUGCAGGAGCAACCUUCGCUCCUUACCGAUCUGCUUCAGGCUUUGACUCCUCGCAUCGACGUCAACCGCGUUGUGCGCAUGUUUGAGAAGUCUGACAACAUCCCUCUCAUCAAGCCUUUCCUUCUCAACGUCCAAACACAAAAUAAGCGCGCUGUGAACGAUGCUAUUAACGACUUGCUUAUCGAGGAGGAGGACUACAAGACUCUUCGUGACUCUGUCGAGAACUACGACAACUACGAGGCUGUUGCUCUUGCUCAGCGUCUUGAGAAGCAUGACCUGGUCUUCUUCAGACAGAUUGCUGCCAACAUCUACCGCAAGACCAAGAGAUGGGACAAGUCGAUUGCACUUUCGAAGCAAGACAAGCUCUUCAAGGAUGCUAUCGAGACUGCUGCCAUGUCAGGCAAGGCUGAGGUUGUCGAGGAGCUUCUCCGCUACUUUGUCGACAUUGGCAGUCGCGAGUGCUUCGUGGGUAUGCUCUAUGCAUGCUAUGAUCUCAUUCCCCUGCACGUUGUUAUGGAGCUGUCAUGGCGUCACGGCCUGAACGACUUCACUAUGCCCUUCAUGAUCAACUACAUGUCGCAACAGGCUAUGGCAAUUGAGCAGCUCAAGAAGGACAACGAGGAGCGCAAGUCAAAAGAGGUGGUUCAGAAGACGGAGCAGGACAACACACCGAUUCUUGGAGGAUCACGACUGAUGCUGACCCAGGGACCGGUUGCAAGUGCACCGAGCCCAGUACCUUACUCGAACGGCGUGAUUCCCCAGCCCACCGGAUUCCAACCCACAGGAUUCGGCGGCUUCAGAUGA